AUGUCUUCCCCUUUACACCCACCGGCGCAGCAACAUGGAAUAACCACAACUAUUUUGGACCUUCCAAACGAGCUGGUGCUACAUAUACUCUCCAUCGACGAUGUACUCUCCUCCAAAGACCUGUUUAAUGUGUCAUUUCUUUCGCGACGUCUUCAUGCCAUUGCCAUGCCUUUAUUUUUGUCUAACCAUGGUGUCAUGGACCCAGCGCACGAGACAUCAAUUUUUGUCAUUGAAUGGGAUCCCAACCGUAAGGCUAUAACCUACCAACCCGAUGCCUUGUCUGGAUUGAGCACCCUCACAUCUCUCUCCUCGAUCGAAAACUUUAAAUGUUUUUUCCAGGAUCCAGACAGCAAGACCUUUCGAAAUACAAGACAGGAUGCCUUCCACCUUCCCGACGCCGUCAAUCGGGUGUCACGAUUUAUACAGAGGUUGAAAAAUGUCGGCAACGCCGAGAUUUACCUCAUGUGGGACCCAUAUUUCGUCACUCAUGCUCGAUCAAUGGUAAACACCCCCAUCACGGAAACUAAGAGGUGGGCCAAUGCAUUUGGAUAUUUGCUUAACCUGCUCGUUUUGCGAGGAUGCAAGUCGUUAACGGUCCAGUAUGAUCCAACCAUCUCUCCCCCAUUUACUUUCCAGUCUACAAACCGACUCAAGCGCGCCUGGUCAUUCGUCUCGCAGAAUGUGUUCCGAAGGGACGGGCAAUCUCCAUCCACAGGAGAUAUUCAACUCCAAUGGGAGUUUAAAAGACCGCUUUACGAGGAGAAAUGGGAAAAUGCUCCUACCGAAAAGGUCGAAUCUCCCCUUCUAGCUUCCCUUGGUCAAAGGUUCAAUUGCAUCACACACCUUGCGAUCCAUUCCCCGACUCUUCUGCUGCCGCCGUUCACCAACUGGACGUUAUCACUCCUCCGAACACAUCCAUUGCUAACAUCAAUCUCCUUUGCUUACAUUACAUUUUCAAAGGAUACUUGGGCAACGAUAUUACCAUUCAUAGUAGACGCGGUCGCCGACAAGCUUACAGAAUUGGCGUUUUAUAAAAACUGCCCCGAGAUAGAUGUGGACAACCUACUCUUAUUUAUCAGCCACUUGCCCAACUUGCGACGCCUAACCGUGGACCGCUCUUUCCGCUCCAGGUUAAAUGAUGCAAGGCCGUACAAAGCGAGAGCACCCUUUCUAACAUCGCCCGCUGCAAGUCUUCCUGCGUUCCUCCAUUUGGAAACAUUGCAUGCCCCUGUGGAACUGGUGUCUCUGUUACUCGAUUAUCAACCAGCGAUGACCAAGGGUGGUACGGCGCUCGUUCUACCGCGUCUUACAAACCUCGCAGUAUAUCCAUCCAGCCGUCUCAUUCAUCCUCCGAGUUACAUUAAAUCAAGCCUCGUCGUCAACGCGCUGCUGCAACGCAUGGUUUUACAAACACGGUCGCUACCCAUUGUGUACGCUCUCGACGCGCAAAUGGAAUUCACAGAUUUUGGGCCGGUGAGCCAAUACAUAAACGCACUGAACACGAGACAGGAAUUUCGUCGCGUCGUAUGGGAAACCCUCUCUGAAGCCGACAUCGACACCUUGAUGCAGAACGGCAACAACAAUUCCAACAGUAACAUCCCUCUAAUCGCAUUUGUGCACAUUACCCAUCUAUUCCUCUAUCGCAUUGAUGCGCCGAGUGAGUCAGCGCUACGCAGCCUCGAAAAAGAGCAGAAAGCACCUCCGUUGUGUGUGUGGAUUAACCUUUUGUUCCCGAAUCUCGAAUGCAUUGAAUUUACGUGCCAUAUGGAAGCCAAUCCACGACAGCAGCAGCAUAUGGACGAAAAGACGAUAGAAUGGCUUGUAUCAGCGCUUACUGAUGCUUGUCCCAAAGUCCGUAUGCUCAUUGUGGGCAAGAAAGUCUACAAUUUGAACCGCUCGUAG